UUUAAUUUCUCAUAUAUUAAUUUUGAUAUGUUCAUGCCUAAAACUAAGCUUCGAGAGCCCCAACAGGAACUCCUGAUGAAAUCCACCAUGGACUCCACCUUCAAGAUCGCGUUCGGGUUCGAGUUGGAUUGCUCGGGUGGUUCGAAUCAGGACGGUGUCGAGUUCGCCAAAGCAUUCGAUAAAGCAAACGAGUUCACCCUGUUGCGGUAUGUGAAUGUCUUCUGGAGGAUCACGAGACUUUUGGGAGUUGGAUCCGAGGCAGCUCUCAAGCAAAAUCUCAAAGUGAUCGAUGAAUUCGUGUACAAAGUGAUGGACAUCAGGUUCAAACAAAUAGUCAAUGCUCAUCAGGAAAAGGGAGAUGACAUUCUGUCAAAGUUCUUGGAGGAGAUCAAGCAUCCGCAGACGACGAUGGACACGCGAUAUCUGAGAGACAUAAUUCUGAACUUUGUCAUCGCCGGAAAAGAUACCACCGCCGGCUCGCUCGCUUGGUUCUUCUACUUGAUCUGCAAGGACCCCUCAGUGCAAGAGAAGAUACAUCAAGAAGUGAAGCGAGUGGUGCUACUCGAAACUAAAGAGUGCACAGACUUUGUAGAGUUUUCGCGGAACAUAAACGAUGAAUCCCUCAACAAUCUCCACUAUCUUCAUGCUUCCCUCACCGAGACACUUAGGCUCUUCCCCGAAAACAAGGUUUGCUUCUCAGAUGACAUUCUACCGGGAGGCUACAAUGUGAGCAAAGGCGACAUUGUGUUUUUUCAGCCCUAUGCGAUGGGUAGAAUGGAGUAUCUGUGGGGCGAGGAUGCCGAAAGUUUUCGGCCGGAAAGAUGGCUCGAUGAUGAUGGGAUCUUCCAGCCUGAAAGUCCAUUUAAAUUUGUAGCUUUUCAGGCUGGUCCAAGAAUCUGCUUGGGGAGAGAAUUUGCCUACAGACAGAUGAAGACAUUUGCAGCAGUUCUUCUCUACUUCUUUCAGUUCAAGCUCAGUGAUGAGGAGAAGAUUGUUCGCUACAAAACCAUGACCACGCUUCAAAUUGAUCAAGGUCUUUAUCUUCAGGCAUCCUCGAGAUAAAGAACAUCUGAAUGAACU